UUUUAUUUUCAAAAGUUUUAUCUAAAAUCAAGGUGAAAGAUUGUCUAGAAGAAGUUGACCUACUUUUUAUGUUUAAAGUUGGAGAGUCAAAAAAUGGUAACUGAAGGCCACAUGCGAAUGUUUUCUAGUCUUCUUGCUGCAUGCGGCUUUAUCUACACAGUCAAUUAUUUAAUUAAAUUAGACAAUAAAAGUAUAGAAACAGACCCUAUUCCAGCUGCUUCCUGGAAAUCUUAUGUUGAAAUUAUGAAAAAAAUGGGGAAAGAACCUUAA